AUGUCGCACGAAGCUUUGAAUCCUAUCCACCCCUCGGCCCUUCCCCAUUUGGACCCAGUGUUCGUUCAGCUUUAUAACGAUAAUGUUGCACACACACCUUCGGGGCCAAUCGACCUGAGCAUCCUGCGCACAAAGUACUCAGUCUUGUACUCAUAUGGCACAGGCCCUGCUCCAGACUGUGCACGUAUCUAUGAUGCGCAAGUUCCCGGUCACAAUGGGGAUCUGAUUUCAGUCCGGGUAUACGAGCCUGAGUCACCUGGGCCAUGGCCUGUGCACGUGGACUUUCACGGCGGCGGUUGGGGCCUCGGCGAUCUUGAUACAGAAUCACACAUCUUGAAACAUAUUUGCAACAAGGCCAACGUUUGUGUUAUUGAUGUCGACUAUCGUCUGGUCCCUGAACACGCUUUUCCAAUUGGUAUUCAAGACUCGUUUGCGGCAUUGCGCUAUAUUCACAAAGAAGGCGCCGAAAGGUUCGGAAUUGACCCCACCCGAAUUUCCUUAGGUGGCGUCUCAGCAGGGGGCAACAUCGCUUUGGUAUGCGCCCAUCUGGCUCGUGACAGCGAUAUUACCGUGAAGCUUAUUGCUGUCGGCACACCAACUGUGGACAACAUUGCCUCGUACAAGUCCGCAUCUGAGGCCCCCUGGCCCUCGAUGCAAGAGAUGGAACACGCACCAACACUCAACUGGGCGCGAUUGAAGUGGUUUGAUACUCUCAAAUGGCAAAGCAUUGAUGCCAAGGGUCCCAAUCGUGAAUCGCAACUUGGGGCUGUGAAGUGGUAUGCCAAUCUUCUUGAUGCGCCUGAUUUCACACGCCUACCGAGGACUGUCAUCUAUACCGCCGGAUGCGAUCCUCUGCGUGAUGAGGGCGAGGCAUAUGCUAAGAGGUUGAUUGAAGCUGGGACUGAGGUGAUUCAGAAGCGAUUCUUGGGUGUUCCCCACCCGUUCAUGCAUAUGGAUAAGGAUCUAUGGCAAGCUAAGGAGUUUAUUGACAUGACGGCUGAGCAUAUUAAGUCUACGCUGCAUGCAUGA